AUGAAGCUCCUCCUCCUUGCUCUCCUCGGCCUAGUAGCGCUUGUCGCUGCCUCGCCAGUCGAGACCACCGCCAUUACGGUCCCCAAGUACAAGAACAACGGUAUCCACUCUUACAAGUGUGAUAGCAACACGAACGUCCUCUCUUGUGUUUCUUCUGGCACCUGCUCUUUCGUCGAACACUGCUCGACCAAGUGCUUUGCGGAUCACCAGGGCGCUGGCUGCAUCGGCUCCGGAACCGUCGCUGUCGAGGCAUCGGAGAAGCGCGACACCGAGACCGAGGUCAACGCCGAGGCAAAGAAGACAUACGAGUGCUCGAAUGACCACACUGGUGUCUUGGUCUGCCAGUAUGGUUUCUGCCAGACCGAUCGCUACUGCAAGAAGGGUACCAAGUGCCAUGACAAGUGUUCUUGCUGUAGGAACAUGGACGUCCUUGAGCGAGACAUCGGCGACGUGGACACAACCAAGCCUGAAUCCGACCACGACUUCCAUGCUCUGCCAGUCACCACGUCCGAUACGCUGGUCUCGCGUGGCAACUGUGUACCUGGCACCUAUUCCUGCGCGCAGAAUAGUCCCUGGAUCGUGGUCUGCGAUUACAAGGGUACCUACCAGUACUCUUCCGAUUGUGGCGAAACAGAUUGCAUCACGGACAACGUCGUCGCUCAUUGCUGGAACCCGGGCGAGGAGUGGAAGACCUAUGCCAACUUGGCCUCGCGUGCCGAUCACCCACCCCAGAACGGUCCAUGUGUACCUGGCACAUACGGCUGCGUGCUGAACCCUUCCACCAAUACCCCAUGGGUCACCGUCUGCGGCUGGAACCAAAAGUUACAGUACUCGUCUGAUUGCGGUGAUCAGAACUGUCUCGCGAGGGAGGACGGUGUCGCUCAUUGCUGGAACAAAGGAGAUCAGUGGAACACAAAUUCUGCCUCAGUCUCUCGCCGCGAUGAACCAGAACAAGUCUCACCAGACCUGACUCUGUCUGGCAACUGUUCACCUGGAUCCUACGCUUGCGGCUGGCGCAACGGCACGCAGACCAGCUGGGUCAUCACGUGUGACCAGUCUGGAAACUGGGUGUGGUCAUCCGACUGCGGCCGUGGUAUGGAAUGCGACUACGCCAAUGGUGACGCGCACUGUGUUCCCCAGAAGUCCACCAUUGGAGCUCGUGAGGAACUGUCCGAAGUUCCAGCAGACUUGGCUCCAACAGCAUCUUGCCGUCCUGGUGAAUUUGGCUGCGCGUGGAGCAAAGACACGAUGACGGAUUGGACCAUUGUUUGCGAUCAGUCCGGAAAACAUUGGUUGUGGUCCUCUGACUGUGGUCAAGGCAUGAAGUGCGAAUGGGGUGGUGGCGUUGCACACUGCGUGCUUAACAAGGUUCUCUUCGUAGCUUGA